AUGCUCAAGAACUUGCAGUGUAUCUCUCUUGAUUUUGCCAAUCGGUCGGUGGAUUCGUUAAAUCUCUUACAGGGUUUCUCUCGUUCAGAAAUGUGUCUCCGCAACGAGUGGGCGCAAUCUGUCCAACGGGUGAUCGUUUCUUGGUACUUUGGUUUUGGUAGUCCUGCGGUAGCCGGUUUUCUUGAAUCUUACAGCCAGGAUAGCAAUGGAACCACUGUGGACACAUCGAUGCACCAUAAUAUUUUGUGUCAGAUCCCCGAUUUGGCUCGUGUCAUUUACACUUGUCCUCUUGCGGAUGUUCGUCAGUUUUGCCAGGCCAUUCUAGAGGACCUAAGAACUAAGAAGCAUUUCAUCUUUGAGAUACCCUUUCAACCAUCUCCAUCAUUCGCCUUCUCUGAGAAUGAUUUGCCCCAUCUCAGAUGCAUCUUUGAGGAGCCUUUUGAGGAUGACCCCUUAUUUACUACAUAUGCUCUCUUCUGUGCGUAUUGGUAUCGAUGGGGUCGACUGGAUAAUUUCGCCCAAAUUCUCGGUUGCCAUCCAGAAUUCCUUGAGCCCUUUAUGGCUGUUCAUCAAUGGCUCUUUACUGGUGACCUUGCUCUUCCAUACCCCGCUCGUUACUACCUUGCGAUUCUACCCCAGCUGCAUAUGUGGGUGUUUAGUUAUCAUCUGAAUGUCUUCGUAAUUAGUCUUGAGACGGGAAGCCCGCCGAUCCCAUCGCACGAUGGACCUAUUUCCGCCGUAGAGGUUGUGCCCGGGGGCGCUGCAGCGGAGAUGCGUUGUCCUCAGUUGGUCUGUCUCUUCGUUCGCUACUUUCUUCAAGCCGGUGGCGACCCAACUUGGACAUUGGGUCUUUCCAGUGGUCCCUCGAGAUGGCUUCAACUGAAAGAACUUAACCACAACCUCGCUCAUUCACCCUGGAAGGUCACAGCUGAUGAUAUCUACCAGUUGACAAGAGGUGAUGUCGGGGCUAAUCGAGGAGACAAGCUCUCCCUCUCCGAACUAAUGCACGCUGUGGGAAUAAUGACUCAUGUGCACGCGUUGGCUUGCUUCAUCUUUGGAGCUGGAGUGCGACCCGAGUUGGAACACAUUUGCCCCUCCCCCUACCAUCCAUGUGUCUACUCGACUGCAACCUCGGCCAAUACUAAUACCACGUCUACGACCUUCCCACUUGAUGAAUCCGGUGAUAAAUCCACUACUCUGGCAAAUGAACCAGAGUACAAAGAUCGUCAAGCAAAGGCCUCCGAGAUGCUCUUCAACUUGUUGAAGUCGGAGCCGGAAGAUGAAUCGGACAGUCGAAGUGAUGAAGUGCUCCCUGUUCCUGGUGAAAUCUUUCAGUCCUCUUAUGCUAAAUCUCUCGUUGAACUCAAAUUAUCGAAUGUAUUUGAGAAAGUAACUCUUCCAGACGGCUUUAAUUUGGAGGAUCUCCCUGUCUUAUCCAAAUUCAUCUCCCAUCCUGAUGUCACCUUCCAAGACUACAUGGGUCCACCGUUCCUGCUUGCUGAAUUCUCUUGGAUGGAGGAGGGAUCGCCUUUGGUCGACCAUCUGGCUAGUACUCUUGGGUCCCUCUUUGAUGAAGCUUUCAAAAACGCAUUCGAGCUCACCUAUAACACACUGAACGACUACUUUGAAGUGAACACGACCAGUUUGCGCCACAGUCUCUGGUUCUUUGUGCAGAGUGUGUUCGGUGCCUGCCACGAGGAUAUGCGCAUUGAAAGAGUCCUCAAGCUCCUAACCCCUGAACAGCGUUGCUAUCUCAAAUCCUGUGCCAGUCGUCCUUUUGAUCUGGUGGCAUACCCGUCCACUAUGGCUCGAGAGGUGUUCGCCGCACUGAGUCCAUUUGAAGUUGCAAUUGCCGGGCCUAAAGCUGGCAAUCCAGGUGAAUUGGCUUCCGUUGUUUUUAUUCUCUUCCUUUCCUCAGUCUUUUCUCAUGCUUUCCAAUUGAACUGCCUGCCUGCCGUUUCUACUACCACUACUAAUUCUUUCAAAGCGAAUCUGCGAGAGAGAGAGCUUAGAUUUUCAUUCUUCCGUGUCAGAAAGUCUUCGAGGCAGACAUUUAUGAUUGUGCUUUUGCAAAAUGAAGUAAUGGCAUUGAUGCAUAUGGUUGACUGA